GCGCGCUGAUAUUGCAUAUUAAUUCGAUUUCCGUCCGUUCUUUUGGCCAGGCUGCUUUCCUAGCUCUGGCUUUUGGUCCCAACCCGGUCUACUUGUCGCCAGGGCACAUUUCGAGGUUCUUAUUUUCUUUUCUUCCUGCAGAGCUCCCCCAUUACCGAGAGCAAAUGCAAUAAGCAACUCUUGCCUGACUGUCCUGACUGAGAGCCGCUUUGCGCCUGUUCCGCUCCUUCCUUUUUUGGCCUUUUACUUGUAAUCGGGUUCGCUCCUUGUCAUUUAUUCGUUCUUUCCUCCGUUCUUGUGAAGAACUUCUCUUUUAGGUAUCAUCUAUUUACCAUACCUUCCCCGUCACUCCUUUGACUCUUUUUUUCUUUCUACUCUUUCCUCGCCAAGGUUUUCUUCGCGAGUUUCGCUCUUCGGUCCUCCCUUCCGCCAUUCCCUAGGUGGCCUCUCGAGCUCGGUUGUGAUAAUCUUCGCCUUUUCAAUUCGGUCAAAGCCCACGGGAUCUGGCGUCCUCGUCUUCAAUUCUGUUCUCCGUGUUUUUUUUUUUUUGCCAACGACUCUUCGAUUCUCUGUACCUACUUUUCGAUAGGUCUACAUAGCCCGUACGACCGUUCCAGUCAACCAUUCAGCUCAGCUCUAUCUGCCACUCAACGGGGAUCAAAUACGAACUCUCAUCAGCCUUUUACUGUUGUGGUACCACAAAACCCAGUUCAGGGCGUCAACUAUCAUCAACCGGUGACACCGAAACGAUCUGCGCGCAAAGCCGAAGAAUCCUAUCCGAGAUCAAAGCGUGACAACUAUUGACAAUACGCUUCUGUUUUGUGCAGUCAAACGGGCUGUACAUCACCAAUUCGGGACCCUAUCAAAAAGAACAUCGUCGAUCUACCAACCAGGUUUUUCUUCUUUUCUUGCUCGGUUCAGCAUCCAAACAAGCAACUCCAGACCAAGCAUUCCUUUUGGACUUCUUACGCAAAGAAAAAGUCCGCCAAAAUGCGCGUCGCCUUUCUUCUUGUCUCACUUGCAGCCAGUCUGGCCUUGGCCCAGGACAUCAACCCUGUCCCGGCAUGCGGGCAAGGUUGCUUCAACAGCAUGAAGGGCACAUUGGGUUGUGCUCCUGCCGACCAGAAGUGCCUGUGCGACAAACCCGACUAUCGCAACGGUCUGAAAGACUGUGUGACUCAAAGCUGUGGCGCUGAUGCAACAGCAGUCCACGCUGCAUUGAACACAUACGUCGAUGCUGUCUGCGUUGCUGCUGCUGGUCCUCCCCCAGCUGCUGCCACAUCUACUCCUCCAGCCUUGUCAACUCCAGCAUCGACUCCGCCUCAUUCUACCUCGGCGCCACCAACCUCAGCUCCUGCAUCUACUACCCCUGCUGCUUCGACAACACCUAGCUCAACGUCAGCGUCGACUGCGUCAACGACUUCAUCUAGCAGCACCUCGUCGUCGACUCAAAGCAGCAGCAGCAGCAGCACUACUUCCUCGGCGACCUCGUCAGCAACUGCUGCGCCCGCUGCAAGUGAGAAAUCAGCUGAGGGGCUAUCGAACACAGCCAAAAUCGGUAUUGCUGUUGGCGGCGCUGUGGCGGCACUCGGUCUGAUUGGUGUUCUGGUCUGCGUAUUCCUACACAGGCGGAAUCAGCGCCAGGAUAACGACCAGCUUCGCCGCCUCAAGAUUAGCGAACCUAUGCCUGGUGCCGGCCGGACGUACGCUGGUGAUCAUUUCCACGACAAGUACCAAAGCAGCUCGCCUUCGGACAUUGAUUUCAAGAGCCGACGAUACGAAGAUAUGCUGCCAAGGCAGAUGCCAAGGAACAUGGUUUGAAGUGAACAAAACUCUUUUCGUUUGUUACCUUUUUUUCUUUCUAUGUUCAUAAAUUACCGGUCAAGCAAAUUUCUUGAUCCUAAAGGAAAAUUGAAGUUGGAAUGUCGAUGGUUGUCCGUCACUUGCCUUCUUUUCUUCCGUCAAAUACAGGCUACAUUUGUUGCCUCAUGCCUUGUCUCAUAAUGUGUUAAACGCAUGUUUUUGUUUUCGGCUUUGAUCCUAAUGUUUUGGCGACAAAUACGCUCAGGGUUGCAAAUGAUCUGAUGACGAUGAUGUUUGACAUGAACUACCUAACUUACUUACAUGCCUUUACUUGAGAUCAGUGAACUUGUGUGCCGGUGGAUGUCUUUUCUUGGUCGGGCUUGACUUUCUGGUGAACAUAGUACACGUAUCGUUAGCUAAACAUGGAGCAUUGAUAUUAAGCCUGUUCUGGUGACCG